UCACGCAGGGGACGUCAAAACAACAGAGGUUUAAUCAUCUCAAAGAAGGAAGCACAAGGCGAAGUGAACUACUGCUCUUGCAUUAGAAGUCGACCCUCGCCAGUGGCGAUUUUAAAACUUUUGCAUUUGAGAAUUAAUUUCCAAAGUCAGGAUGCAACGGCGUCUUGUAUCGUAUGCAAAUACGCCUUCUGACGUAGCUGAUCAUGUGGGUUUUGGCGUAGAUCCCCCUGCGAUCGCCAAUUUUUUUCGGCUGUUGUCUUUAGAAUUCGGCGGAAUCGUUACAAUCGUACGCUUCUGUGGGCUGUACAAGUGGAAAAGUACGCAAUUUCGGACUCUAGCUGUCAGUAACCUCACAUCCCAGCCUUUUCCGUUGGUUGGUGGGCAGGUGAGGAGAGGCUGGGCGAAAAGGAGGCAGAGUAGGAAAAUCGCCACAUAGGACCUUACAGAUAUUAAACUCCAAAAAGGGGAAGACCAUCAUUGACAGACUCUGUGAUCUGGGAUGAAGUCUCAUGAAGUCUUUCAUUGGAGCUGACAUUCACAGUCAGCAGAACCAUCCUUUACCGAUCCUCCAGCAGACAAAGACCUGCUCAUUGUCCAUCAGAGUCCCCCUGCACUGCACCGUCUUACUCCCUGACCAUGGCUAGUCGAAGAAAGUCUACAACACCCUGCAUGAUCCGACCAGAUGACUUGGUGACUGCAGACGAUCCAGAAGAAAUGGAUUCCUUUGUGGAUAGUCCAGAAGAGAAUGGAUCCUCAUAUGUGUCUUCUAGUGACGACCGGAUGGAUAGGAAGAGUUCUGUGAACUCUGUGCAGGAAGCAACAGAGCUGGAAAAACCUGAAGUGAAAGCACGACCACAGAGGAAACUCCAGGGAGGCUAUGAGUGCAAAUACUGUCCCUUUUCCACACAAAAUCUCAAUGAAUUCAAAGAUCAUGUUGAUUCCAACCAUCCCAAUGUUAUACUCAACCCACUGUACUUGUGUGCAGUGUGCAACUUCAACACAAAAAAGUUUGAUUCUUUGACAGAACACAAUGAGAAGUGCCAUCCUGGGGAGAGCAACUUCAAGUUCAAGAGAAUCAAACUCAACAGUCAGACCAUUCUAGAACAGACAAUCGAAGGUUCGAACUGUGCAGUCAUCUAUGAUACAACCAGCCCUCAGUCAGGAGAGGACUUUACUGCUUUUCCCCUGAGCAAAUCCAGUACUAUUAAGGUGGGUAAGCCCAAAGCAGAUAGUUUACGUUUGCAGGACGAUAGUCCAUUGGACAAACUCGCCCAAGAUCUACCGAAAAAGCAGAUUACUGCAGUGAAUGUGAACGGAACUGUAAUAAUUCCAGAUGCAACUCUUAAGGAUGGCCUCUCACAUAUAAUGCCAUCCUUACAACGCCCUCCUAACUUCAACUUAGUACCAAAAAUUGCUGUCCCCUUGAACACUUCAAAAUACAACCCAACGUUAGAUGGCAACUUGACCCUCAUCACCUCUUUCAACAAGUUUCCAUACCCUACCCAAGCAGAGCUCUCUUGGCUCACUGCAGCCUCCAAACACCCCGAAGAACAAAUCAAAGUGUGGUUCACUACCCAACGGCUAAAACAAGGUAUUAGCUGGUCUCCUGAAGAGGUUGAGGAAGCACGAAAGAAGAUGUUCAAUGGAACGAUUCAGCCUGUUCAACAGGCAUUCACUGUCUUACCUGCUCAGUUAACUCAGUCCACUAAAGCUUCACAGCCCCUUAUCCAGACCGUCCCUUGCCAUGUUUUUGGACAAUCUGGCCUAGUGUUGGCACCAGUUUCCAAUUGCUCAACCGCUACCGGUCCUCCUCUCGCACUAACCAUGACAAAUCAGAUAGCACAGGGUGUCAAGAGGCCCCAUACAGCACCACUGGUUGCCCCAGAGAUAAAGAGGCCUUCAAUAAUUCAGUCCGUUCAGACUACUCCCAAGUCUGUCUCUCCGACACCAACCCUUUCUUCAGACUGUGAGAAAACCCCUGAUCAGAUCAGAGAGCUGACCACCAGCUAUGCUCAGUGUCAGUUUCCUGAUGAUGAAGAAGUGUAUCGUCUCAUCGAGACAACUGGCCUCUCAUGGGGAGAGAUCAAAAAGUGGUUCAGCGAUCAGCGCCAUGGAAACUAUAAGGCAGUGCAACAGAUUAAAACAGACCUCUCUUUGAAGGACAGCCAACCGCAUAAGCCUGUUGCCACACAGUUUCCACUACUAGAGCGAGUUAAAGGCAAAUCCUCUGAGCAAAUGAAAAAGUUAGAGGAGAGUUUCCAAAGGACUAGCUUUCCAACCCAGGUUGAGAUAGAGCAACUUGUGGCAGACACCAGGCUCUCCAAAAACGAAAUUGAUUGCUGGUUCACAGAGCGCCGAGCACUACGAGACAACCUGGAGCAAGCCUUGCUCAACUCGAUGGGUUCAAAAAGGCCGGAGCAUCACCUUCAAAGGGGGACACUGAAUGGAGUCCAUGAGCAAGAUGGCAGAGUCAGGGACUCACCUCUUCCCAUUCUGACAUCCUCUGCCUGUCCAGAGACCAUUGAUGGCAAGUCUCUCUGCCUUCUUAAAGACGUAUUUGCACAAACCCAGUGGCCCUCACCAGAGGAGUACAACCAACUAGAAAUCCAGACAGGGUUAGCUCGUACAGAAAUUGUCCGGUGGUUUAAGGAAAACAGAUCUGCUUUGAAAAAUGGAACAUUAAAUUGGAUGGAGCAAUUUCAAAGUCUAAGCAGCAAGAGACCGAAUGGACAAAACAACUCAUUGAUCUUGGAACAGGCCCAGAGUGUCCUACAAAGGCACUUUCAAGAGACAAGGGUACAAAAAGUGGAGGGUUUUGAGAAGCUUGCAGAACAGUCGAAACUAACCAACCAGGACAUUGUCGAAUGGUUCACCAGUAAGUUGGGCCACAACAUGCCCGAUAUCAGCAAAGGCAAGGACCAACAUGGACAGGCGAGUGUAGAUGGUAAGAGAUGGGUUUCCUUGGCAGCUGACAUUGAUGGCAAAGAUUACGAUGCACAGAAAGUGGCACGAGACCUAUCGGCAGAGCACAGAGUGACAGGAUGAAGUCAUAAAG